CCAUGACAACCUGAAUAUUCACCAAGUGGUACGGAAGCUGCCAACAUCACAUUUGAUCUGAUACGGGACAGCUCAUGGAUGUGCCUACGAAAGCGCGCUGUGGAGCGAAAAAGCAACGCCCGGGAGCCAGACACAUCAAACGCGUUAAAAGCGGCUGUUUGACUUGCAAAAUCCGCCACAAGAAAUGUGACGAAAAAAGACCAUCCUGCACUCAAUGCCUGACAUUAUCCCACAACUGCGAGUUCUCUACAUCAACAGCAACAACUCCGCCAACUACGCCGCCCUCGUUCACCACCACCGCUACGACUCUCGUUCAAUCCCCCCUCACCACACUCCCCUACCACCAACACCAGAACAACCAAACAACCCUAACCCACUUCUCCUUCUUCCGCGAAGUCUGCGCCCCAGAGUACUCCCUCUUCUAUACUUCACCAAUCUGGGAACCUUUGAUUCUGCGCGUGAUAUUGCACGAGGAAUUCGCAUGGCACGCUGCGUUGGCAAUCAGCGCGUUGACGAGAUCGCAUUAUGACUCCUCUUUUUCUUCCAGCUCCUCGUCAUCUCCCGCCGCGACUAGCAGUACGCAGGGAGAUAGGUUAGAUGAUGCGACGUCACCACAUGCCUUCGCGAACUCGCACUACACACUCGCUCUCCGUCUGCUGAACGCGCGGCUUGAGAGAGAAGGGUGGGAUGCCGCGGAGAUGGCGGUGCUGGGGAGUGUGAUGUUUGUUAACAUUGAGUUUUUGCGAGCGGGGGCUGGAGGAGGGGCGGGGGGACGGAAGGGGAGGAGUUUGGUGGGUGUGCAUGUUGAGGGCGGUUUGGGGGUGUUGAGGUGUGUUAUGAGGGAGGGAAAGAAGAGGGCGACGAGGUUGGUGGAGGGUUGGGAUGUGUUGGAGGAUGCGUUGGGGGUUGUUAGAGGGCAGAUUGAGGGGUUGGGUGGAGGGGGGGAGUCGAAGCUUUGA